CGGAGGGGAGGGGUCCGGCUCCGUGCGGUCGCGGCGGAGCCGGCGCUGCGGCAGCAGCAGGCGCGGCGGGGCGGAAGUCCUUUGUUGCAGCGGCAGCGGCGCAGCGGCGGGAGCGGCGCGGGCAGCUCUCCCCCUCGCCUCGCCUCGCUCCGCGGGCUGUAAUUGAAAUACAAGAUGGCAAGAACCAGCCACAGCAACUACGUCCUUCAGCAGCUAAACAACCAAAGAGAGUGGGGCUUUUUGUGUGACUGCUGCAUUGCUAUCGAUGAUAUUUAUUUCCAAGCACAUAAAGCAGUCCUUGCUGCAUGCAGCUCCUAUUUUAGAAUGUUUUUUAUGAACCAUCAACACACUACAGCCCAGCUGAAUCUAAGCAACAUGAAGAUUAGCGCUGAAUGCUUUGAUCUUAUUUUACAGUUCAUGUAUUUAGGAAAAAUUAUGACCGCCCCUGCCAAUUUUGAGCAAUUUAAAGUGGCCAUGAACUAUUUACAGCUCUAUAACGUACCUGAGUGUCUGGAAGAUAUACAGGAUACAGACUCAUCUAGUUUAAAAUGCUCUUCUUCUGCUUCCAGCACCCAGAACAGUAAAAUGAUAUUUGGUGUGCGAAUGUACGAAGACACGCUUGCUCGAAAUGGCAGCGAAACAAACAGGUGGGGCAUGGAGCCGCCAAGUUCGACAGUAAAUACAUCCCAUAACAAAGAGCCCGAUGAAGAAGCUUUGCAGCUCAGCAGUUUCCCCGAACAACUGUUUGAUGUCUGCAAAAAAAGCACCACGUCCAAAUACUCUCACACAAAAGAGCGUGUGUCUCACUCACGCCGCUUCGGAAGAAGCUUCACCUGCGACAGCUGCGGGUUCAGUUUUAGCUGUGAAAAGUUACUGGAUGAGCACGUGUUAUCGUGCACCAACAGGCAUUCGUACCAAAGUGCCAGAUACUACGGUGCCGAAAAAAUAGACUUUAAUGAAAAGGACUCUGCUUCUAAAAUAAUCUCUACGCAAACAGAAAAAUACAAAGGGGAUUCCAGCCAAGUUGUCGAUGAGUCGUCUUCUCCCGUGUCCAACAUUACAAGCAGGAAAAGCAGCACGGUGGCAUCCGAAACAUCAGGUGAAGAAGGAAGUCGAGCCUCUGAGAGGAAGAGGAUUGUCAUCAAGAUGGAACCGGAGGACAGUCCUGCAGACGAGCUGAAAGAUUAUAAUAUUAUCAAGGUGACAGAUAAGGACUGCAAUGAGUCUUCUGAUAACGAUGACCUAGAUGACGAGCAGGAAGAGCCACUUUACAGGUACUAUGUUGAGGAAGAGAUGAGAGAGAAGAGAAAUGCUCGGAAGACUUUAAAACCCCGUUUAUCCAUGGAUGAGGAUGAAAGGAGGUGUUUAAAGAGUCCGCGGCACCUUAACAGGAAAACUCCCUCCGUCCAGGAAGAUGUGGAGAACGCUCCCUGUGAACUUUGUGGGCUAACAAUCACCGAGGAGGAUUUGUCCUCUCAUUAUUUAUCCAAACACAUAGAAAAUAUAUGUGCCUGUGGCAAGUGUGGUCAAAUACUGGUCAAGGGCAAGCAGUUACAGGAUCAUGCACAGACCUGUGGAGAACCCCAGGACCUGACCAUGAAUGGUAUCAGGAAUUCCGAGGAAAAAAUGGACUUGGAAGAAAACCCCGAGGAGCAGUCGGAAAUAAGGGACAUGAUGUUUGCAGACAUGCUGGAAGACUUCAGGGACAGUCAUUUCCAAAUGAACAGCCUUCAAAAAAAACAGUUAUAUAAGCAUUCUGCCUGUCCUUUCCGAUGUCCUAAUUGCGGGCAGCGUUUUGAAACUGAAAACCUAGUGGUUGAACAUAUGUCCAACUGCCUGGAGCAAGAUCUGUUCAAGAAUUCCAUGAUGGAAGAGAAUGAAAGAGAUCACAGACGUAAGCAUUUCUGCAAUCUUUGUGGGAAAGGAUUUUAUCAGCGUUGUCACUUGAGGGAACACUAUACUGUUCAUACCAAGGAAAAACAGUUUGUUUGUCAGACAUGUGGGAAGCAGUUCUUAAGAGAGCGCCAGUUGCGGCUCCACAAUGAUAUGCACAAAGGAAUGGCCAGUAGUGAAAUAGGGACUUCUAAGCUUCUGAACAACUGAGAGAACCAGGUUUGAAGAAGACAUGAGGAAGAACUGUCGGCAAAAGAUUUCAUAAAAACUCAGAACCACGUGUGCCAGAUCUGAAUUGGCACCACCUUUGCUUUUUUGACAUACUGCAGCAGUCGCAAAAGACACCAAAGCAGUCAUAUUAGAACACUCAGUAAUUGUUUUGGACUCUUCUCUGUGUUACAAAACUUACUUCCUUGUGACUAUUAUUUACACCUGUCAAAAACAGAUUUGAAGUCUCUUUCAUGGAGCAGACAGCCAAAAGAGGCAGAUGCCAGGCGUUAAGGGCUGCGCUGAAAUGAGCUUGCAGGAUCUGCUGUUCAUAUGCUGCCGUGCUGCUUUUAUGAAACGAGGCUUACUAGAGUUUCUGUCAAAAACUGUUUAGACUUUUUAGCUUUAAAGGUAAAAGUAUGUACUUAUGAACUAAAAUUCACGCUUCUUUCAGACAGUUACAAUGCUAAGCUAAUGAGCGUUAGAAGAGGGGAAAAAUGUUUUAGUCUGGAGUACAAAGUGAAAAAAAAGCCUUUAAAACUGAGCACAAAGGGUCUCUGAGGAAGGAAAGGAUGGUGAGAAAGAUCCAGCUGACCUGACUCCCUUUGCUGCCAUGAUCAUCAUAUGCAAGCUGAAGAGGACCUUCCCUGGAGCUCAGUGCUUAUGUGUGGAGAGUAAAGAAAUGGUGCUGUGGAUGUGAAAAAUUGUGACCAACAAGGAGAUGAGUAAACAUGCAAUAAUCUUCACAGGGCACAGUGUGCACCAUGUUCUGGAUCUGUACCUUGAAAAGGUGGUUUGAAGAAGAGAAUCAGGCAUUCAUGUUCAGAUUUGAGUAAUUUAGCAAUCCAAAAUUUUCCACCUAAAUUAAUGGGAAGCAAACAAGCAAACAAAACAAAACGAUGCAGUAAAUGUUCAAAAAUAGGGCCAACAUGGCUUAAAAAAUAGUAAUUUCUUUUGCUUCUCCAGACAACUGGAGCAGAUUGAUUCAUGUAAGCAGACUAAACAUGCUGAUCUAUAUUCUGCUGUAGUUAUGCAUCUUACUAAUUCUACUUAUGACUAUAAGAGGAUGUUUUAUUGUUUAGUAUAACUGUUAUCUCAGUAAGAAUCUGUCUGCAUUUUUAUUUAUAAUUGGCAUUAUUAUCAUUACUGUUGUUACGAAGUAUGUAAAACAUUGUCUGUAUCGCAGCUUGAACAGGACAUGUGUCUGUGCUUGCUUUACUCUUUUUGAGUUUAUAAAGUUGCUAUACAAAUGGAAGAAAAGAUGUUCAGGUAUCUUUGAAUGUUGUUCCUUAAUCUGAUUGCAGAGCCCCAGACCCUUCAGCCUUCAGGUAUUUAAAGAGUCAGCGGUAUUAACACAAAACAUCUCAAAAAUAAAUACAGGAUUUGAAGUCUACAGUACAGGAGUGGAAUGCUGACUCUGCUGCCCCAGUGGCAGUGCUAGAGCAAUGGGGAGCACAGAGAAUGUCCAGAAAAUGCAAGAUACCACUGGGGACUUCUGAGGGAGAAGGCUCGUUAUAGGUGGGAAAUGUAAUAGAAAAUGUGAUGUCCUUUCCACAGAGACCAGGAAGCACCCUCACAGUAGGACUACUGCAAAGCAGAGAAGGGAAAUACGUUUCUAGUGUCACCUAAAGAUAGGCCUUGAACUAUUUAACUUCUUUUUAUUUUUUAAGCAGAGGACGUCUAGAACAGGCCCUGACCGUUCUGUAACUUAGCAAUUAUUUGUAGUCUGUGUAGAGUAUUAGUGAAGACAUGCCAGGUUAAUUUUCAUCAUCUUUAAAGCUUAAUCUAUGCCUCGAUACAGUAUCUUUAAUAAAAUGUUAUUAUGA